UAUAGGCUGUGGGCACUCGAUUGAGGAUAAACCCCUUUACACCACUCUCCCUUCUCUCUCUGUGUCUCCCUUCCUCCCUGCUCUCUCUCUCCCACUCUUCCCUGAGACACCACCACCAUCGCCGCCGCCGUCUUGGGCAUUAUCAGUGAGAAGAGUCUGCCUCAAUGGCUAUCUCAGCAACGUCGGCUUUAGCCACCAUCCCCACCUCUUCCUCCUCUUCCACCAAGCCCUCCUCCCCACCUUCCCUGAACACCCUUCUCCUUAAGCCGAAAUCCUUCCUCUCCUCCUCAUCCUCCUCUUUCUCUAACCCCAUCUCCCUCAAGGCCUUCUCUUCUCCGGCCGUCAACCGCCGGAGCAGGCGGUCUGCCCUCGUCGUCCGCGCUGCCCGCGGCAAGUUCGAGCGGAAGAAGCCUCACGUCAACAUCGGCACCAUCGGCCAUGUCGACCACGGUAAGACCACCCUCACCGCCGCCCUCACCAUGGCGCUGGCGUCUCUGGGAGGCAGCGCCCCCAAGAAAUAUGACGAAAUCGACGCAGCGCCGGAGGAGCGGGCUCGUGGUAUCACCAUUAACACCGCUACCGUCGAAUACGAGACGGAGACUCGCCAUUACGCCCACGUGGAUUGUCCCGGCCACGCUGAUUAUGUGAAGAACAUGAUUACCGGAGCGGCGCAAAUGGAUGGCGCCAUCCUCGUCGUCUCCGGCGCUGACGGCCCCAUGCCGCAGACGAAGGAGCACAUCCUCCUGGCCAAGCAGGUCGGCGUCCCCAACAUGGUCGUCUUCCUCAAUAAGCAGGACCAGGUCGACGACGAGGAGCUACUACAGUUGGUGGAGCUCGAGGUCAGGGAGCUUCUCUCCUCCUACGAGUUCCCUGGAGAUGACGUCCCCAUUGUCUCUGGCUCCGCGCUGCUUGCUCUCGAGGCAUUAAUGGAAAACCCAAAAAUCAAAAGAGGGGAGAACAAUUGGGUGGACAAGAUUUACGAGCUGAUGGACGCCGUCGACAGUUACAUUCCAAUUCCGCAGAGGCAGACCGACCUUCCGUUCCUUCUUGCGAUCGAAGACGUGUUUUCGAUCACCGGACGUGGAACGGUGGCCACCGGAAGGGUGGAGAGAGGGACGAUUAAGGUAGGAGACACAGUUGAUUUAGUGGGAUUGAGGGAGACGAGGUCGACUACUGUUACUGGAGUGGAAAUGUUCCAGAAGAUCCUCGAUGAGGCUCUUGCUGGUGAUAACGUGGGAUUGCUUCUCAGAGGUAUUCAGAAGGCUGAUAUCCAGAGAGGCAUGGUUUUGGCAAAGCCGGGAACCAUUACGCCACAUACCAAGUUCGUGGCCAUCGUGUACGUCUUGAAGAAGGAGGAAGGAGGGAGGCACUCGCCUUUCUUCGCCGGCUACCGGCCGCAGUUCUACAUGAGAACUACCGAUGUCACCGGGAAGGUGGUCUCAAUCAUGAACGAUAAGGACGAGGAAUCAAAGAUGGUAAUGCCCGGAGAUCGGGUGAAGAUGGUGGUCGAGUUGAUUAUGCCGGUUGCUUGUGAGCAGGGAAUGAGGUUUGCUAUCAGGGAAGGAGGGAAGACCGUUGGUGCUGGAGUUAUACAGUCAAUCGUCGAGUGAUGAGUGUGCAAGCGAGAUUUUUAUUUGGCAUGCUGGAAAACUUCGUAUCCAAGCACCCCUGACACGUGUUGGAUCUCUUUUCUAGGCCCUACAUCUGUGUUUUGCUGUUCUGUCGACCAGUGAUUCAGCUUGAGGUGGAGAAAUCAGCAGGGUAGCUUCAACUUCUCUAUGUCAGUGCAACCUAGAAGAGAAUAAGUUGUUCAUCUAAUAUGGAUCUGAAUGGUGCCAUGUUCUUUGUAAUCUUUCAUGAAUAGUAUAGUCAUGUUACACUUUGUUAUUCUAAGGUUUACAUGCGGUCACGGUAGA